AUGUCGGGGGCCAGAAUGUGUGGGUUGAAACAAUGUUGUUUUUUUUGUCCUCAUAAAGUUGUGUUUGUGUUGUUUUUCAGAUCUGGAAGCGUGAAGCAUCACUGGAUUGAGAUUUACUCCUUUGUGGAGCAGCUGGCAGAAAAAUUUAUUAGCCCCAUGCUGAGAAUGUCCUUCAUCGUCUUCUCCACACGAGGAACCAUCAUCAUGAAACUGACCGAGAACAGGGAGGCCAUCACUGGAGGCUUAACGGCUCUGAGAAGGGUUAUUCCUGGAGGAGACACGUUUAUGAAUUUAGGCCUGGAGAUGGCUAAUAUGCAGAUCUAUCAGGAGAAGCAUGGAACCGCCAGUGUUAUCAUCGCUCUGACCGACGGAGAGCUGAAUGAGUGGCAGUUUGACACGGCUCAGCGGGAGGCACAGAGGGCCAGGUCUAUGGGAGCCAUUGUUUAUUGUGUAGGGGUCAAAGAAUUCAACCAGACCCAGCUUGCAACUAUUGCAGACACUGUGGAACAUGUGUUUCCUGUAUGGGGAGGCUUCCAAGCCCUCAGGGGAAUCAUUGACUCGAUCAUCAAGAAGUCCUGCAUUGAGAUUUUAGCUGCCGAGCCGUCCAGCGUGUGUGCAGGAGAGAGGUUCGAGGUGGUUGUGAGUGGCAAUGGCUUUCUGCAUGCCAGAAACAUCAACCAGGUCCUCUGCAGCUUCAAACUGAAUGAUACACACUCUGUGGAUGAAAGACCAGCUAAGAUCGAGGAUACCUUCCUGCUGUGUCCUGCUCCCGUCGUAGAGGAAGUGGGGAGGGUGAUCUACCUGCAGGUGAGCAUGAAUGAGGGACUUUCCUACAUCACCAGCUCCGUUCACAUCACUACUACUGAAUGUUUUGACGGCACCAUAGUGCUCAUAUCGUUGCUGGUGGUGUUCCUGCUGUUGGGUCUGCUGCUGAUGUGGUGGUUCUGGCCUCUCUGCUGCACUGUGGUGAUCAAAGAACCUCCGCCACCUCCACCUCCAGAGCCAGAUUCAGAUGAUGAUGAUGGGAUGCCCAAGAAGAGGUGGCCCACAGUGGAUGCUUCAUAUUAUGGUGGAAGAGGAGUGGGUGGCAUCAAACGCAUGGAGGUUCGAUGGGGGGAGAAAGGCUCCACUGAGGAAGGUGCUAAGCUGGACAAACCUAAAAAUGCAGUUGUAAAGAUGCCAGAGCAGGAAUUUGAACCCUACGAGCCCAAACCUCGAAAACCUCGGCGUUGCCCCCCUCAGCAAAGGAGGUGGUACACACCGAUUAAGGGGAAACUAGAUGCACUGUGGGCUCUGUUCAGGAGAGGUUACGACCAGGUAUCUCUGAUGAGACCGCAGCCUGGAGACGAGGGCCGCUGUAUUAGUUUUCAGCGGGUCAAAGAUGGAGAGUCCGCCUCCAACCACCAGGCUCCUCCUCGCACUCAUCACUCUCCAUCGCCGCCUCCUCCUUCACCUCCGCCUGCUGAACAGCGACCUCUGGUCUCCAACUCUGUCCCUCGUACAAAGCCUCCAUCAAGAGGGCCCCGCACCACACCGCCCUCCUGCACCACGCCACCCUCUCGCGCACCCCCUUCCAUGGUCCGACCCCCUCCAGGUCCACCCCCAAGUCGUGUACCCCCUGGGCCUCCAGGACCCCCACCAUCUCGACCCCCACCCAGGCUCUAAUGAUAAAGAGAGGGCCCGCAAUAAACAACCGAUAUGUCAACUCAUUCUAGAAAAAAAAAACACAUCCUCCUUUCAUCCCCCAGACUCGAAGACAGCAGAGAGGCGUAAAAUCAGCCAGGAGCUCCGACUUGAAGCUCUGUGCUUUGUUGCUGGACAGCAAAAAAUAUUUAUCUGAUUUCAAAAUCAGCAAAUGAGUUUCAUCAAAAUCAACAUUUUUAUAGAAAACAUUAUAGAAAAAAAACAAGCAUGUAGUUACUUGAUUAAGCCUCUGUGUACAGUGAGAUGUCAUGUUGAUCUAAAUGGUGACAGUUAAGUACAAUCCUGUAGGAUUUUUGUGUUGUUGAAAGAGAGCUUGUGUGAAUGUCGAUGGUUAAUACACGCGUCUACUUUGAUAGUGUAGAGCAGUGGUUCUCAACCCUGUUCCUCAGGACCCCAUGUCCUGCAUGUUUUAGAUGCUUCCCUGCUCCAACACACCUGAUUCAAAUGAUCAGGCUCGUUAUCAGGCUUCUGCAGAGGCUUGACGAGCUGAUCAUUUGAAUCAGGUGUGUUGGAGCAGGGAAGCAUCUAAAACAUGCAGGACAUGGGGUCCUGAGGAACAGGGUUGAGAACCACUGGUGUAGAGAAUAAUAAAUAAAGGUGAGCUAGAAGGUGGUGUGAAAUACAGCAUGUAGUGAACAAUGAUGGGUUUGUUGUCUCUUUUUUUUUUUUAAAUCCACAUCAGCUUAGGUGUCUACAAAUCAGAAUGAUGCCUAAUUUUACCGUUCAACCAAAAACAAUUUUUCUACAACAUAGUUAAAAUUUAGUUUGUAAGUUCAGUGACCUUUUUGCAACUGCAGGGCAGUUUCUCCAUAUUUUAUUUAUUAUAAUACAGGCCCCGUCUGCAUCUGUUCUUUAUUUUAGUUUUGAGUUAGAUUUCUGGGUUUUCAAAUCUUUAAGGAACGGGACGUUGAGGUGGAGGUUAGGAAACAUUCUGGCAUGCAUUUAAUAUAUCUGUGGUCUUAAAAACACCGUCAAGUGAAAGAUAGAAUUGAAAAUUUGUAUCUUCAGGGUUUUCCUGUAUACUGCAUUUACUGACUGAAAUGAUCAUUUGUAUUAUUUCUUUAUUAACAACUUGUCUGUCUUCAAUAAAAUGUUUUUUUAA